ACCAGACAUUGAAACUCAUCCUGAGAUUGAACCUCAACCAGGGCCUUUAGGACUUCAAAAAAAUAGUCCUGCAGCUAAGACUUGGAAAUUAAAACAGUCUAACUUAAAUAGAUUUUUAAAUCUCCCUGAAAAACCAACUAGUACUCGGAUCAGCACAGCUCAUGGUAUAUUUGACGACUUAAAUACAUCGCCCAUUGAAGUAAAUAUCAAUAAGACAGGUGAGCCAAAUGUUGAAAAUGCAUUUGGAUUUGAUGAUAAUGAUGAGUCUGAUGAAGCGAAUACUUCGUAUGACUUUGGUAAGGCGCCUUUUGAACCUACUGUGCCUAAGAAAGUUAAAGUACCUGCUGCUAUGAACCCCGCAAAUAUUCAAAUAGUCCAAGCAGUGAUUCAUAAUAACAACAAUGGAGAGAGUAAAACAGCGACGAGGAUUUCUACAGAAACAAUUAAUAGAAUACUGAGAUCUAACAAAAAAGAUGAUAGAGUUAAGGAACCUGACAUUCAAGUAGCACCCGCUGAAGAACAUCAGUUCGCGGAGCCUACACCUACUCCUAUUGAACCAGAAAAAUUUUUAGACACUUUUGAUCUCUCAACUGAAGUCGGUACUGAAAAUGUCGAUAAACCUAUUGGGCUAUUUCUUGAUAGUGAACCUGUUAUUCACUAUAAAGAGCCUCCAAGAUUUUCUUACAAACGUAAACGUCGCCAACGUCUGAUGUCUUGUGGGGAUUCAGAGGAAGAAAGCGAUGACGAGGAGCGUAAACGGCCGGUAAAGAAAAAGAAACUCACCAAAGCCGAACGAGAACACAAUAAACAAAUAGAAGAGUGGGCUAAAAUGGUCAAUAGUUCGUUUGCAGAAAUAGAACAUUUUGAUUUGGUAGUCGAGUAAAUUUUAUAACUUUAUUUGUUGAUAAAUUUUUAUCCCGCAGAUUGAGUAAGAAACAUUAAGUUUGUGAAUAUACUUAAACUAAUUUAUUACAUAGACAUAUUUAAAGAAAAAAAAAUAAGUAUAUUUUUACACGGUAAGAACAAGAUAACACUGAAUAUCAUCUUAGAUUAUACUGAGUGAAAAAAAUUUCAGAUAGUGGCUAGUAUAAUCCAGAUUAUAAUGAGUAUAAUCCAGAUUACAAUGACAAUAAUCCAGAUAUCACGCAGUAUAAUCUGGAUUUUUUUAACUACUAUCUGAAAUUUUUUUUACCACAGAUAUCACUAAGUAUAAUCUUGGAUGACAUCCAAUGUCAUCUUGUUCUUUCCGUGUAUAAAAUUUUCUUACGAGAUUUUUUACUUUAAGACGUUUAACUAAACUAAUCAUAAGAGUUAUUAGAGUUCAUAAUACUUUUUUAAAAAAAAAAAAAGAGCAAUAUCUUUUAUACCUAAUUUUAAUUAGUGGUAAACGUUAAACGUAAAAACAAUAAAUAGUUAUUAAAAUAUUUUUAAUUGAUAUUGAUUGUUUGGAAAUGAAAAUGUUUAUUUAAAAUAUUGUUUUUAGUUUAAAAAGCAUGAUCAAAUGACAGCACGUGUAAUGUGGUGUUAAAAUAAGUCACAAAGAGAAAAAUAUAUAAUCAUUAAAUCUUUUUAUACUAAUUAUAGAGAUAUUAAAAAAUUGUUGGUGUCUGGUAGUGCCUACUAUUCUGCUAUCGGUGGUCAUGGUACAAAGCUUAUUAUAGCAAUAAUGUCUAACAGAAACAUGGCCAAUGUUUAUCUUUAAGCUUACUCAUUACUCUGAUAAGGAUACAUUAUUAUUUUAUAUUAAAUCCAUUUGCUCAUUGUUACACAAAACAAUUUGAAUUAAACAAACAUUUAACUACAA